GCCAGCAGCUCCGGAAGAGAAGAAGAAGAAAAGGAGGGAAAGAAGAAGAAGAAAUGCUCCAUGAACGGAUUUCACGGCUGGGAUGUCUUCAGGGUGGAAACAGAGACACGCGGAGAGAGGAAUGACGGGAAAAAACCCAGAAACGCAGCCAGGACAGCAAAGCGAGGCGCGAAGGAGGACGGAGCAGUGAGGAGAGGAUUCACAGGGAGAGACCACGAAGAAGAAGACGAAGAAGAGAGGGGAAGGAGGGAAAAUGUGCAAAGUUAAAGCCUGUCGUCCACAAGUGCGAGCCCGCAAAGCGAAGUCCCGCAACAGCUGCAGACAAUGAGCGCCAAUUAAACGAAGGAUGAAUGUGGUUUGGGAUUUUUCUGUGAUUCUGCAAACAUUCAUCAUCUGUUCGGCAUCAGCUCAGCCUAUUGCAUCCAAGCUUGAUGAGGGUUGGUGGGCGUACAAGGACGUCGUCCAGGGAAGCUUCGUUCCAGUCCCAUCCUUCUGGGGUCUGGUUCACUCUGCCUGGAACCUGUGUGCCAUCGGGAAGAGACAGUCCCCCAUCGAUAUCGAGACCAGCCACAUGAUCUUUGACCCCUACCUGACCCCUCUGAGGCUCAACACAGGAGGACGAAAGAUGGGCGGCACCAUGUACAACACGGGGAAGCACGUGUCCCUGCGGCCUGACAAAGCCCACCUGGUGAACAUCUCUGGGGGUCCGCUGAGCUACAGCUACCGCCUGGAGGAGAUCCGACUUCACUUUGGCAGCGAGGAUGCGUUGGGCUCAGAGCAUCUCUUGAACGGCCAGGGCUUUCCUGGAGAGGUCCAGUUGAUCCAUUACAACCAAGACCUGUAUGCUAACUACACGGAGGCGGUGAAGAACCCUCACGGCAUCGCUGUAGUCUCCAUCUUCAUUAAGCUCUCUGAGAACUCCAACUCCUUCCUCAACCGCAUGCUGAACAGAGACACCAUCACCAGAAUCAACUACAGGCACGAUGCGUUUUUAUUAAUGGGCCUGAACAUCGCCGACCUUUACCCUGACACCACCCGCUACAUCACGUACGAGGGCUCCAUCACCAUCCCGCCCUGCUAUGAGACGUCCACCUGGAUCCUCAUCAACAAGCCCGUCUACAUCACACAGAUGCAGAUGCACUCCCUGCGCCUCCUCAGCCAGAACGAGCCCUACAAGAUCUUCCUGAGUAUGAGUGACAACACGCGGCCCACCCAGCCCCUCCUGCAGCGCUGCAUCCGGACCAACAUCAACUUCAGCAAGCAGGGCCGAGACUGCCCAAACAACCGCGCCCUGCGCCCGCAGUACAGAGUGAAUCAGUGGCUCCUGAAGUAGAAGAUAAAAUGAUCCGAGGCUACAGGAGUACUGGCUGGAUUCAUUCACGUGUUUCACGGUGCCAAACCGAGCUCGGUUGAACUGAAUGGAUGGAUUAAAUGACAGUGAUCUGGGCCGAGCUCCACAGAUCUACAGUCUGCUGUGCUUCUUCCCACAAUCUUUACUCUGAACUGGACCAGCACGGACAUCUUUAAUCUGAACUGGACCAACAGGGACAUCUUUAAUCUGAACUGGACCAGCACGGACAUCUUUAAUCUGAACUGGACCAGCACGGACAUCUUUAUCUGAACUGGACCAACAGGGACAUCUUUAAUCUGAACUGGACCAGCACGGACAUCUUUAAUCUGAACUGGACCAGCACGGACAUCUUUAAUCUGAACUGGACCAACAGGGACAUCUUUAAUCUGAACUGGACCAGCACGGACAUCUUUAAUCUGAACUGGACCAGCACGGACAUCUUUAUCUGAACUGGACCAGCACGGACAUCUUUAAUCUGAACUGGACCAGCAGGGACAUCUUUAUCUGAACUGGACCAGCACGGACAUCUAUAAUCUGAACUGGACCAGCACGGACAUCUUUAAUCUGAACUGGACCAGCACGGACAUCUUUAAUCUGAACUGGACCAGCACGGACAUCUUUAAUCUGAACUGGACCAGCAGGGACAUCUUUAAUCUUUAG